CCACUGAAGCGUUUCCAAACAUGCCAGAUACUGUAGCCUUAUUUGAUCUCAAGGUCGCGGGAUGACCGCAAUCAAACACGUGUUACUUUAUUUUUUAUUCUCUGUUCUCUCAUUAGGACACUCAGGUGACUUAAAAACUGUCGCUCUACAUGAUAUUUUAAACACUGAUCUUUCCGAAUAUACAGAAGGGUCAAAUGCUGCACUUUUAUUCAUAAUUCCUGAUAACUGUCAUAACUGCCAUAUGCACAAGAAACUCCUUAAUGAAAUUUCUUACGACGUUCUAUACAGUGGUGAUAUUUUUCAUCUCAAUGAUAUGACUGUUCCUUGGAUUAAUAUGCUUUCUGCCCCAGCUAUUUUGUUUUUAAACAAUGAAAGGAAAAUCCCUUAUCUUGGUCCACUCCAUCGCACUCAUCUUAUUAGCGCUAUGCAUCAGUUUACUACAGGUGUGCAGUCAGCUCGAUUAGAUGAUGCUAAUUUUGAACACGAUACUCAGGCCUCUACUGGCUCGACAACGGGCAACUGGCUUGUUAUUUUUGAUGAGAUCACACCAGACACCUUACAGAUCUACGAUGGAUUGUCGUUAACUUUACGCGCAAAACAUGUAAAUAUAGGCGUUCUUGAUCCGAAACAGUCGACGCGUACAGCUAAACGUUUCAAUAUCAGCGUACCAUCGGAUUCUGCUCAGAAUAAUCCUCUAAUUUCAGCAAUCUUAUUAAAACAAUCCACCAUGUAUCAAUAUUCAAAAAAUCUACACCGAAUGGAUUAUGAGCAAGUUACCCAAUUUGCGCUUACUGGCUAUCCAAAUCAUAUUAAAGGUUCAAUUCCACGUCCACGUAUGAUGUUUGAUGAAAUGGUCGAUGCUCUUGUUGGAUUUACUGUGGACCUACAAAACGAAUUCGGGAAACCCCUCGUAAUAUUGCUUGGAGUUAUUGCGUUGUUCACUGUUAUGAUUUUUGUUGGUUUAAUACUAGUAGUAGGGUUUUGGUUCGCAGGAUCUUUUGAAAAUGAUGAUGCAAAAGAACAUGUCUCAUUGAUAAAAUCGCCUCAUCAAACUGAUGAUGACAAAAGAUCAGAAUCAAUUAAGAAGACGAAAAAUGAAUGAUAAAAUGUGCUUACUAUUUCUUUUCAUAUACACUCAAUCGAAAAAAUCUCUUGUUGGACAUUUUUACACUCAUGGAAUUUUUCUAAAUCCUUAUCAAAAUCUGUUUGGUUAACUUCGUAUGCUAUGAAAAUAACUAUGCUUUACUUUUUAUCAAGAUUGACUAAAAUUUUGUUUAUACGUUUUAUUUAUUGCUGAAUAUAAUUAUUUCUGUAA